GUCACAGUUUAGAUGCGUACGUGAAACGACUGUCAAAGAGGCGAGUGCGUGACUACAACACAAAGACGAAAGAAGGCGUGCGCAAGCAUUUUGUUAAUUAAGCAAAAUCAUUUUUUUUUUGAAACGACGAUACAGAGAAGAUUCAGAUAUUGUUUAGUUUGUCGUUUAAGUCGAUCGGUGGAAUCACAAACCAGAAAAGUUACGCGGACGCUGCGAAAUUCGAACGAAAAUAAAAGAAAAAAAAUGUCGGCGUUAACACCCGUUCAGCAGUAUUACAAAGACAAAACGAUAUUUAUUACCGGUGCAACCGGUUUUAUGGGCAAAGUUCUCAUCGAAAAAUUACUCUAUUCAUGCAGUGAACUAAAGGAAAUUAUCAUCAUUUGUCGGCCUAAGAGAGGUAAAUGUCCACAGUCACGUUUGGAGGAGAUAUGGAAGGCUCCUAUUUUCCAACGCAUCAAAGACGAGAAACCACAUGCCCUGAAAAAGGUGACCAUGUUUCAGGGCGAUAUCACAUUGGAAUAUUUAGGCCUAUCCGAUGAUGAAUUAAAAUAUGUUGCAGAAAAUACGAAUAUUGUUUUUCACAUGGCUGCCUCAUUGAAAAUGGAAUGCCCUCUGAGCGAAUCGAUUAACAUGAAUUUGGCCGGAACACGACGUGCACUCGAUGUUGCACGUAAAAUGAAAAAUCUUGUCUCUUUUGUCCACCUAUCGACGACAUUCUGUAAUUACGAUCACAAAGUUCUGUACGAGCAGGUUUACGAAGUACAACAGAAACCUGAAGAUUUAAUGCGUCUCGCCGAAUGGAUGGACGCCAAGACAUUGGAUGCGAUAAGAAAAGAUUUAAUCGAACCUCACCCGAAUAAUUAUACCUAUACGAAACGUUUGACAGAGAUUUAUGUUCGCAAUCAUUACGAAACGAUGCCGGUUGUAAUUGCCCGACCAAGUAUAGUCACGUGUGCCUAUAAAGAACCUCUGGAAGGAUGGAUUGACAACAUGAAUGGUCCAGUUGGUUUAGCCAUUGCUGGCGGUAAAGGUGUUCUCCGUUCGUUGAUGUGUGAUGCUGAUGCUAAAGUUGAAAAUAUUCCCGUAGAUCAUGCCACAACAGGUCUUAUUUUCAUACCGCAUUAUGUGAAUCAAAUGAAAACCAGACCCGCCGAAGUACCCGUUUUCAAUCUCACCCUGGGAGAAGAUCAAAAAACCAGCAGCAGGUGGGUGGUGGAAAAAUCAAUGGAAUUCAAUAAUGAAUAUCCUCUGAGCAUGCCUCUGUGGUAUCCCAAUUGCACACUGACAAUGAACAAGUAUUAUCAUUGGAUCAAUGUCGUUCUGUUUAUGUGGCUGCCGGCUUUGCUGAUCGAUUGUCUGCUGACACUGUGUGGACAGAAGAGAUUUUUAAUGCGCGCCCACAAACGACUGAUGGCCGGCCUGAAAGUUUUACAAUUCUUCACCACCAAAGCAUGGAAUUUUAAAAAUACGAAAUUUAUUGAGCUAUGCGAAUCACUGACAGUCGAAGAAAAAGCAAUUUUCCCCACACCUCUGCAAUUCGAUAAAGAGGAGUACAUGUUCAAUUGCUGUAUUGGCGCCCGACAAUAUGUCUGUAAGGAACCCAUGAGUAAUGUGGCGCGGGCAAGAGUUAACUACAGAAUAAUGUACUUUCUGGAUCGUGUUUGUAAAAUUUUCCUAUGCAGUUGGUUCUUCUAUUGGUUCUCGUCGAAAUUGGGACUCGGCGAUUAUGUGUGUUACAUCAAUCCGCUGCAUCUAAUAACUCCUGUAAAACAAUAGAAUUUCGAAUUGUAAUUUUAGUUUAAUGCGAAAUUUUAGUUUAAUUUUUUUUUUGUAGUCAUAAGUAUGUUGUAAUAUUUAAUAGUUAACAGUUCAAUAAAUUAUUAUUAUUAUUUGUCACAAA